AAUUUGAAUUUUUUUUUCCACUCCUCGAGACGAUGCAGAUUCCUAUGGCUUCUUCAUUGAAUAUGGUGAGAAGUUUAAUCACGCUUCCCGCGCCCCGACUGAACUGUGUCUGCUUUUCUUAUUUAAUGCUAUUGAUAUCCUCCAAUGGGUGGGUUUUCUUUUAACCUGUUUCGGCACAUUCAAGGUUUUCCCAGCCAUUCAGACAGACUGAGUUCCAGCUCAUUUCUUUGAAUCCCGAAAUGGGUUCUUCGGUUCAUCUUCUGGGCUUUGUCUUUUCGGUGAUUUUCAUCUUUCAAAACUCCAUUACUGUAGUUUCUCAGAAGUCAGUCGGAGGUGGAACUGUUCAAGGGAUUGUUUUGAUUAAUGGAAGCGGAGGCAUUGGAAGGACGGAUGAAGAUUUCAUCUGUACUACAUUGGAUUGGUGGCCACCUGAAAAAUGUGACUAUGGAACUUGUAGCUGGGGCCUUGCUUCUAUGCUCAAUCUGGAUCUAAACAACACAAUUUUGUUAAAUGCUGUUAAAGCUUUUAAGCCCUUGAAAAUUAGAUUGGGUGGAACAUUGCAAGAUAAGGUUAUAUAUGAGACUGGAAAUCCACAGCAACCCUGUCCCCAAUUUGUUAAAAACUCUGAGAUGUUUGGCUUCUCUGAAGGCUGUCUACCAAUGUCUAGAUGGGAUGAACUUAACACUUUCUUCAAAAAGGCUGGGGCCGUAGUUAUCUUCGGAUUAAAUGCACUAAGUGGAAGGACUCUGGCAUCUGAUGGCUCUGCAGUAGGACCUUGGAAUUCUACAAAUGCAGAAUCCCUUAUACGCUAUACCGUCAACAAGAAUUAUACAAUACAUGGUUGGGAGCUUGGAAAUGAAUUGAGUGGGAAUGGAGUUGGUACAAGCGUUGCAGCCGACCAGUACGCAUCUGAUGUGAUCUCUCUCAAAAAAAUAGUGCAUAAUAUCUACAGGGGUUUUCAUGUAAAGCCAUUAAUCAUAACACCAGGGGGAUUCUUUGAUGCAAACUGGUUCACAAAACUAGUAAAUAAAACACCCAGAUCGCUCGAUGUUGUCACGCAUCACAUAUAUAAUCUUGGCCCAGGUGUCGAUACCCAUCUGAUUGACAAGAUCCUCGAUCCAUCCUAUCUUGAUGGUGAGGCGCAGACAUUCAGCAGCCUCCAGAGGUUGCUAAAAAAUGCUGCAAGUUCAGCAACUGCUUGGGUUGGGGAAGCAGGAGGAGCAUAUAACAGUGGCCAUAACCUUGUCACCAAUGCAUUUGUGUUUAGUUUCUGGUACCUGGAUCAGCUAGGCAUGGCAGCAUCUUAUGAUACUAAAACAUACUGCAGACAAACAUUGAUUGGUGGAAACUAUGGGUUACUCAACACAACCACCUUUGUUCCAAAUCCUGAUUACUACAGUGCUCUCCUUUGGCACCGGUUAAUGGGAAGAACGGUCCUAUCGGCAAAUUUUACAGGAACAAAGAACAUAAGAGCAUAUUCACAUUGUGCAAAACAAUCUCAAGGAAUCACAUUGCUACUGAUCAACCUCGACAGUAACACCACAGUUGUUUUCAGUGUUGCAACUGAAGAUGCUGUCCUUAAUAAGACUUGGACUUUGGAACAUAAUGGAAUCACAAGGGAGGAGUAUCACCUAACAGCUAAGGAUGGAAACUUGCAGAGCCAAACAAUGCUUCUAAAUGGGAAAAUAUUGACUGUAAAUUCAUCUGGGGAUAUACCUACUUUGAUACCUUUAAGUGUAAAUUCAUCUGGGCCAAUAACAGUUGCCCCUUACUCAAUUGUAUUUGCUCAUAUUCCUAAUAUUUCUGUUCCAGCUUGUAGGUAAUUUGACCAAAUGGAACCAAAUUGGUU